GGGGUUCGCGCUGCGACUGGCUCAUAGAAGGAAAAAGGCGUGUGCGGGUCUCGACGUGCCGCGAAUCUUCGAACGCAAGCGCGUUAUGAUCGCCAGACUUUGAAAAAGGGUUCGAGGGGCACGCCUGCGCCUGCCCUCGUAAUUGCGAGUGCGACGUGCCCAUUCCGCCGUUGGCUUGUCAGGAUGGCCACACAUGUCCUCAGGACGGCUGCCGAUCUUGACUCUCAGACGAGGUUCCCUCCUAAAUAACCCGGUGUGACCCCUCCGUGAACAUAAAACCCAACAUACAUCUGACCCCGUGCUUCCUGGAAGGGACCAGUGGGAGCUGUUACCCAGUUGAGGCCUUUGCCCAACAGGGCGCGACUCAAUCUGAGCGCAGGACCCGGAAUGCCAAACAGCCCACGGGCACCCCAGACACAAUGGCCCUGGUGUCUGCUGAUUCCCGCAUCGCAGAACUUCUCACGGAGCUCCAUCAACUGAUCAAACAGACCCAGGAGGAGCGCUCGCGGAGUGAGCAUAACUUAGUGAACAUCCAGAAGACCCAUGAGCGGAUGCAGACAGAGAACAAGAUCUCUCCCUAUUACCGGACAAAGCUGCGUGGGCUGUACACGACCGCCAAGGCUGACGCGGAGGCCGAGUGCAACAUCCUGCGGAAAGCUCUAGAUAAGAUAGCGGAAAUCAAGUCUCUGUUGGAAGAAAGGCGGAUUGCGGCCAAGAUCGCGGGCCUGUACAACGACUCGGAGCCCCCUCGGAAGACCAUGCGCCGGGGGGUGCUGAUGACCCUGCUGCAGCAGUCGGCCAUGACCCUGCCCCUGUGGAUCGGGAAGCCUGGUGACAAGCCCCCACCCCUCUGUGGGGCCAUUCCAGCCUCUGGGGACUACGUGGCCAAGCCCGGAGACAAGGUGGCCGCCCGGGUAAAGGCUGUGGAUGGGGAUGAGCAGUGGAUCCUGGCUGAGGUGGUCAGUUACAGCCAUGCCACCAACAAAUACGAGGUGGAUGACAUCGAUGAGGAAGGCAAAGAGAGACACACCCUGAGCCGACGGCGUAUCAUCCCGCUGCCCCAGUGGAAAGCCAACCCGGAGACGGACCCGGAGGCCUUGUUUCAGAAGGAACAGCUUGUGCUGGCCCUGUACCCCCAGACCACCUGCUUCUACCGUGCCCUGAUCCACACGCCCCCACAGCGGCCCCAGGAUGACUAUUCAGUCCUCUUUGAAGACACUUCCUAUGCAGACGGCUACUCCCCUCCCCUCAACGUGGCCCAGAGGUACGUGGUGGCUUGUAAGGAGCCCAAGAAGAAGUGAAGCAGGCUGGCAGACUCCCGGUCUCCUGCCACCCUCACAGGGGAAUGCGGCAGCAGAUUUCAUGGCAAAUAAAUAUUGUUCCCCUUUG